AUGACAGGCACGAGAAACUCUAGAUACAAUCCUGUGUCGACUCAGCGCAAUGUGGCUAGUAAUGUAAAACCAUCGGCCAUCUCAGGACCAUCAGGACCACCAGGACCUUCAGGACCAUCAGGACCAUCUUCCAGCCGACGGUUCGAAAAAGAUGCCAUGUCACACCAGAGUUCAUCCAGCAUGCACAGUAUCGACGAGAUUUUGUCUACCUCAUCACGAUCUGAAAACUCCGGCAAAUCUGUCGAGCUUGGAUCUCCUUUUGCCAACGCAGAUCUUAAAAGAGGGUUGGAAGAGGAUCUCGACCACCCUGCCUCCGGCGCCACAGACAUAGAUCCUGGACCUUCGAUUACCAGUUCUCCAGAGCCCAAACGUUCACGUGUCGAUACCGAGGAUAAUGAGAAGCAGGUCCGUGAAUCCACAGAGACGAUGUACGGGGCAGCCCCGACGCCUGAAAAUUCGUGCACCGAACGCGAUGGUCAGAUCCGGAGACUACACAGCGUGAUGCACGAGAUGAGUCGUGUAGCCGAAUCGAUGAGAAGAUUGAGAGAAUGUAUCGAAUUUAUCAAGAGUAGAGUGCGAGACAUAGAGGACGGGGUUCUGAAAUUCGACCCUGCUUGGGCUUGGGGAGAAUAUCUGGUCGCGGGCCAGAAUGCUUCGGAACAGCCUCGCGCUUGGCUCGAUUGA